UGGAAACCUGAGAAAGUUAACUGAUUUGGAACUUGGUGGAAACAAAAUAGUUGGGUCCAUCCCCAGUGAGAUUGGACAGCUCAAAUCCCUCACUACCCUUUAUUUGUAUGAUAACCAACUCACUGGCUCAAUUCCUGUGUCCAUUGGGAACCUGAGCAAGUUAACUGAUUUGGAACUUGGUGGAAACAAAAUAGUUGGGUCCAUCCCCAGUGAGAUUGGACAGCUCAAAUCCCUCACUACCCUUUAUUUGUAUGAUAACCAACUCACUGGCUCAAUUCCUGUGUCCAUUGGAAACCUGAGCAAGUUAACUGAUUUGGAACUUGGUGGAAACAAAAUAGUUGGGUCCAUCCCCAGUGAGAUUGGACAGCUCAAAUCACUCACUACCCUUUAUUUGUAUGAUAGCCAACUCACUGGCUCAAUUCCUGUGUCCAUUGGAAACCUGAGCAAGUUAACUGAUUUGGGACUUACUGGAAACAAAUUAGUUGGGUCCAUCCCCAGUGAGAUUGGACAGCUCAAAUCACUCACUACCCUUUAUUUGUAUUAUAACCAACUCACUGGCUCAAUUCCUGUGUCCAUUGGAAACCUGAGCAAGUUAACUGAUUUGGAACUUACUGGAAACAAAAUAGUUGGGUCCAUUCCAAAUAAUAUUUGUCUUGGUGGGAAGCUUACAUGGUUUAUAGCAAGUUAUAACAACUUUAGAGGUUCCAUUCAAAAAAGCAUAAGAAACUGCAGCUCUUUAGUCCGCCUUUCAGUUGAAGGGAAUCAACUAACAGGAAAUAUAUAUGAAGAAUUCGGAAUAUACCCAAACCUGGAUUAUAUGGACUUGAGCACCAAUAAGUUUUUUGGAGAACUUUCCGAAAACUGGGGACAGUGUCCAAAACUCACAAUGUUGAACAUAUCUAAUAAUAAAAUUUCUGGUAGGCUAUCUCCUGAACUUGGGAAGGCUACUCAAUUGCAGAAACUUGACCUCUCUUCCAACCUUCUUGUAGGUAAAAUUCCUAAGGAAUUGGGACAGUUGAAAUUGUUGUACAUUCUCAAGCUCAACAAUAAUUCCCUUUCUAGCAAUGUUCCUGCAGAAAUUGGAAUGAUAUCGAACCUUGAAGCACUUGACCUUGCAGCCAACCAGUUGAGUGAACCAAUUCCUAUGCAUUUGAAACACUGUUCAAAACUACUCCAUUUAAACUUGAGGAAUAACAAAUUCAGUGGAAUUAUUCCCUUCCAAAUUGGGAAUCUGCACUCCCUCGAAAAUCUUGAUCUAAGUAACAAUUUGCUUUCAGGAGAGUUGCCUUUCGAGCUUGGUCAUUUGGAUAAGCUAGAAACAUUUAACCUCUCACACAACAAUCUGUCGGGCUCAAUACCAUCAACGUUUAAAGAAUUGAUAAGCUUGACAUCUGUUGAUAUAUCCUACAAUCAGUUAGAAGGUCCUCUGCCCAACAACAAAGCCUUCCUAGAGGCCCCCCUUGAAGCGUUGGAAGAUAAUAAAGGUUUGUGUGGCAACAACACUAUUAUAAAGAUUUGCCCCAUGCCUAAAGAGAAUAGAAGUAAUUCGAUAAUAUUUGUUGUCACAGUGUCUAUAACUUGUGCUCUUAUUCUGUCAUUUAUCAUUGUUGGAGCAUUGUUUAUUUGCAAAAAGAGAGAGAGGCAUAUGGAUGAGCCAAGACAAACACAAAUGACUUUAACUUUCUUUGAAGCAUGGAGCCAUAAUGGGAAAAAGGUUCAUGAAGAAAUAGUUCAAGCAACAGAGAACUUCAGCUCCAAAUAUUGCAUUGGAGUUGGAGGAUAUGGAAGUGUCUAUAAAACAGUGCUUUCAACGGGUCAAGUUGUUGCCGUGAAAAAAUUGCAUGAGAAUGAAGGAGCAGCUAUUGUGGAAGCUUUUGAAAGUGAGACUAGUGUCUUGACAAGAGCACGCCACAGAAAUAUCAUUAAGCUUUAUGGAUAUUGUUCACAUGCAAGACAAUCAUAUUUGGUGUAUGAGUUCAUGGAAGGAGGGAGCUUAGCGAAGAUAUUAAGCAAUGAAGUUAGGGCAGUAGAGUUCGAGUGGACCAAGAGAAUAAAUGUGGUGAAAGGUUUAGCCAAUGCCAUAUUAUACAUGCAUUAUGAAUGUAGUCCUGCUAUAAUUCAUAGAGACAUAUCAACUAAGAAUGUUCUGUUGGAUGAUGAAUACGAAGCUCACAUUUCUGACUUUGGUGCUGCUACAACUUUGGAUCCUGAGUCAUUGAAUUGGACUCCAUUUGUAGGAACCUUUGGCUACUCAGCCCCAGAGCUUGCUUAUACAAUGGAAGUAAAUGAGAAGAUCGACGUGUAUAGCUUCGGAGUUGUAACAUUAGAAGUGAUCAUGGGAAAGCAUCCGGGAGACCUCAUAUCAUCUUUGUUCUUAGCACCACUACUGGCUGUUGAUGCUCUGAUUAAGGAUGUACUGGAUCAACGUCUCUCACCUCCAAGGGGGCGAAUAGCACACCAAGUGAUCUCCAUUGCAGAGAUAGCAUUUGCGUGCCUGCAACAAAGUCCACAGUUCCGUCCAACUAUGAAGCAAGUAUCUAGAAAGCUGUCAACUCCAUUAGAAUCAUUAUCAGAGCCAUUUUAUAUGAUUACAAUAAAGCAGCUGUUUGAUUCCCCAACAUGGACAUCCUAAACUGCUGGGAUUUCUCCUUGUUUGAUAUUGUCAAAGUUUGUUCAUUUUCUUUCUGUUCAUUUUCUUUCUCGUAUUAGUCUUAGGAUUGUUUUUCUUUUCUUGUGUAAUAAGAUAGCCCGAGCUUGGAUACACCAGGACUUUGUUACGUCUUGUACUUAAUGAGGAAACUGA